CUCCGUCUCUCGUUCCCUCAUCAUUAUAUAAUAAUUUAUUAUCUAUUAUUAUUAUAAGAGGGUAAUCUAUCUGCUAUCAUUUAUAGAGUUGGUUAAACUCGGAUAGUGCACAGAGUUGAGAUCUGUGAAUUUUAUGACGAUGUAUGGGGCUGGCAGCAAAUCCGCCACCCUCAUCAAAAUCUCCGGAUUCUUACUAAUUUCACUCAUUUUCUUCUACUUGGGCAAGCAUUUCUCGGACGGAUCCUCCCAGCAGCUCCUGUUUUUCUCCUCCCAACCCCAAACGGCGUCGUCUUCCUCCGCCUCCGUGGCCCUCUCUCCCAAUCACAACAAGAACUUCGAUAUCUCCUCUCUCAUUAAUGAUACGGCCGCGCCACAACCGCCCGACCAGAUCGGCCGGAAUGAGCCGCAACAGGCCGUGGCCGCUCCACCUCCACCGCCUCCUCCCGCGCUGCAGAGGAUGGGGGUGGUGGACGAGAAUGGAAGGAUGACGGAUGAUUUCGAGGUGGGUGACUAUGAUCCUGAACUGGUCGACAAUUGGUCGAAAACGAACAUGAGUGAGGGUUUGGAGAUUGAUGGGAAAGGUGAUAAGAUUAAGGUUAGGGUUAACAAGUUUCCGCUGUGUCUGGAGAGUAUGAGGGAGCAUAUACCUUGUUUAGAUAACGAGGAGGCAAUUAAGAGGUUGAAUUCUACUAAGAAUGGGGAAAGAUUCGAGCGGCAUUGUCCUCAAGAAGGGAAGGGCUUGGAUUGUUUGAUCCCAGCUCCUAAAGGUUAUAGAACUCCAGUUCCCUGGCCUAAAAGUCGUGAUGAGGUUUGGUUUAGCAAUGUUCCUCAUGCUCGUUUGGCUGAGGAUAAAGGAGGUCAAAAUUGGAUCUCAAUUGACAAGGACAAGUUCAAGUUUCCUGGAGGAGGUACACAGUUUAUUCAUGGGGCAGAUCAGUACUUGGAUCAGAUUGAAAAGAUGGUCCCUGCAAUCGCAUUCGGCAAACACACGAGAGUUGCUUUGGAUGUCGGUUGCGGUGUUGCGAGUUUUGGUGCGUAUUUACUGUCACGGAAUGUCAUCACUCUCUCCGUGGCUCCAAAAGACGUUCAUGAGAACCAGAUUCAAUUUGCGCUUGAGCGUGGUGUUCCUGCAAUGGUAGCAGCAUUUGCAACACGGCGUUUGCUUUAUCCAAGUCAAGCAUUUGAUCUGAUACACUGUUCAAGGUGUAGGAUCAACUGGACUCGCGACGAUGGCAUUUUGCUACUUGAAGUAAAUAGACUGCUCCGAGCUGGAGGAUAUUUUGCUUGGGCAGCACAGCCUGUCUAUAAACAUGAACCAGCCCUUGAAGAACAAUGGGAAGAAAUGGUCAACCUUACCAGUCGGCUCUGUUGGUCACUUGUAAAGAAGGAGGGAUACAUUGCUAUAUGGCAGAAGCCUUUAAAUAACAGCUGCUAUAUGAACCGUCAGGAAGGAAGUCAACCGCCAUUGUGCGAACCUAAUGAUGAUCCAGAUAAUGUGUGGUAUGUCGAUCUGAAGGCAUGCAUAACACGUUUACCAGAGGAAGGAUACGGCUCGAAUGUCACAUAUUGGCCAGAACGGCUACAAAAUCCUCCAGACAGGCUUCAAAGCAUACAAAUUGAUGCUUACAUAUCAAGGAAGGAGCUUUUCAGAGCAGAAUCAAGAUAUUGGAAAGAAAUUAUUGAGGGAUAUGUACGUGCUCUACACUGGGGCAAGAUGAAAUUUAGAAACGUAUUGGACAUGAGAGCUGGCUUUGGAGGCUUUGCAGCAGCAUUAAUUGAAAACCGAUUAGACUGCUGGGUUCUCAAUGUCGUCCCAGUUAGUGGGCCCAAUACGUUGCCUGUCAUAUAUGAUCGUGGUCUUAUUGGUGUUAUGCAUGACUGGUGUGAGCCAUUCGAUACAUAUCCAAGAACCUACGACUUAAUUCAUGCUGCUGGACUUUUCUCAGUUGAGAAGAAAAGAUGCAAUAUAUCAAGUAUCAUGCUUGAAAUGGAUCGAAUUCUAAGGCCCGGUGGACAUGUGUACAUUCGUGAUUCCGUUUCUAUAAUGGAUGAACUUCAAGAAAUUGGGACUGCUCUUGGUUGGCACGUGACAUUGAGGGACACAUCUGAGGGCCCACAUGCCAGUUAUAGGAUCUUGACGUGCGAUAAGCGCCUCAUACGAGCUUGAAGACAAAUGAGAAUUUUUCCUCUGCGUUUAACAAUUUGUAAAUGAAUGCUGGUACUAACAGCUACACGCCAACAUUGCAUAAGUUAUGAUGGGUGGAAAGAUAUUUCUUUAUGGUGAAUAUAAGAGGGUCAAUAGUGAUACUGCGGUCACAUGGUUUAUUACACAACUGUAGCAUAAGCUAAAGCCCGGGAUAUAUGUAGUAAGUUUGUAUGAUCAAAUUUUCCCUACUGGUUCACUUUGACCUUUGCACCUGCCGCGAAUGUUAUGUUUAUUUGUUUUUCAGUGAUUUGAAAUUAUAUUCCUUAAUAUAUUUAUAUUGUACUAUCUUGAAUUAUUUUAUCAUUAGUUUAACAAAAGUGGGAAUAUAUUUUAUGAUUGACCG